CGCCGCUUCCGGUAGGGGCGGAAAGCGGAAGUGUGGGAGGGUUUGCAGGGCGGGCUUCGGGAGGAUGGAGCAUUGAGGCGCUCUGGGCGGCUGCCGGCAGCGCCAUGGAGACCGUGCAGCUGAGGAACCCGCCGCGCAGGCAACUGAAAAAGUUGGACGAAGAUAGCUUAACUAAACAGCCGGAAGAAGUGUUUGAUGUCUUAGAGAAACUUGGAGAAGGGUCUUAUGGGAGUGUGUACAAGGCUAUUCACAAAGAGACUGGCCAGAUUGUUGCUAUCAAGCAAGUGCCGGUGGAGUCAGACCUGCAGGAGAUAAUCAAAGAAAUCUCCAUAAUGCAGCAGUGUGACAGCCCUCAUGUAGUUAAAUAUUAUGGCAGCUACUUUAAGAACACAGACCUAUGGAUCGUUAUGGAGUACUGUGGGGCAGGCUCUGUAUCCGAUAUCAUUCGGUUACGAAAUAAGACGUUAACAGAAGAUGAAAUAGCUACAAUAUUACAAUCAACUCUUAAAGGACUAGAAUACCUUCAUUUUAUGAGAAAAAUACACCGAGAUAUUAAAGCAGGAAAUAUUUUGCUCAACACGGAAGGCCACGCAAAGCUUGCAGAUUUCGGAGUCGCAGGUCAACUUACAGAUACUAUGGCAAAGAGGAAUACAGUGAUAGGAACACCGUUUUGGAUGGCUCCUGAAGUUAUUCAGGAAAUUGGCUACAACUGUGUGGCAGACAUCUGGUCUCUGGGAAUAACCGCCAUAGAAAUGGCUGAAGGAAAGCCCCCAUAUGCUGAUAUCCACCCAAUGCGGGCAAUAUUCAUGAUUCCUACAAACCCUCCUCCCACAUUCCGUAAGCCAGAACUGUGGUCAGACAACUUCAUGGAUUUUGUGAAGCAGUGUCUGGUAAAAAGCCCUGAGCAGAGAGCCACAGCCACUCAGCUCCUCCAGCAUCCAUUUGUCAAGAGUGCGAAAGGAGUGUCGAUAUUGCGAGACUUAAUUAACGAAGCCAUGGAUGUGAAAUUGAAACGCCAGGAAGCCCAGCAGCGGGAAGUGGACCAGGAUGACGAUGAGAACUCGGAGGAGGAUGAGAUGGAUUCUGGCACAAUGGUUCGAGCUGCAGGUGAAGAGAUGGGCACUGUCCGAGUAGCCAGUACAAUGAGUGAUGGAGCCAAUACUAUGAUUGAGCACAAUGACACAUUGCCAUCCCAGCUGGGAACCAUGGUGAUCAACACGGAGGACGAGGAAGAGGAAGGAACUAUGAAAAGAAGAGAUGAGACCAUGCAACCCGCAAAACCAUCUUUCCUUGAAUACUUUGAACAAAAAGAAAAGGAAAACCAGAUCAACAGCUUUGGCAAGAAUGUAUCUGGCUCUCUGAAAAAUUCUUCAGAUUGGAAAAUACCACAGGAUGGAGACUAUGAGUUUCUUAAGAGUUGGACUGUGGAGGACCUUCAGAAGAGGCUGUUGGCCCUUGACCCCAUGAUGGAACAGGAAAUGGAAGAGAUCCGGCAGAAGUACCGGUCCAAGAGGCAGCCAAUCCUGGAUGCUAUUGAAGCGAAGAAGAGGAGGCAACAGAACUUCUGAGGGCACCAGCCCGGCCUUUGGUGGCUUCUGGGUCGCUGAUCUCACGUCUGUCAGCCAGCACUUCUGCUCUGUCAUGUCCCCACAGCACCUUUGUGAACUCAGGAAUGUGCGCCAGCGGCAAGGGCUACCUUGACAGAUGUGCCAUCUGGUGUAUUUACACAGGCAGGAUGUGUCUUGAAGGGUUUGUGUUGGCGCUUUUAACUCAGAAUUUUAGACCCCAGGAACAGAGACUCCUAGUUGAGUGAUAGCUGGGAAAAUUUUACAUUGUCUCUUUUUGUUUUCCUUCUCAUAAUAGUUUUUGGUUGCUCUCUCUGAAAGCCUUUUUAAGAAAUAUAUAAAUAUACAUAUAUAUAUAUAAAUUAUAAAUAGAUUCCCCACUCUGUGUGGUGGCGUCUCUGUACAGGUACAGUUUCAAACACUUUGCCUCUUUCCUGUGAGAUUAUGGUACUGUGGGGCAAGAGAGCAGAGGACACUGGGAGGCACUCAGGUGGCCACUGAAUCCCGGGAGCCAGCCUCACCCAUCUCGGGAUGCUUGUGCCACAAUGGUGAUGCGCCUCGUAUGGUCCUCACUUGCCUCUGAAUCUGUUGGUGAUGCCAGGGAGUGGCCUGGAGAACUUGAGGAUGCUCCUUGAGUCCUAGCAGAAGCCUGGCACCCUCUUUGCAAAUUAGCCUUUGCUUUUUCAAUGCCUUUCAUCCAUUCCCACUCUCCCAGCGGCCUAAAGUCACAUCCCAGAUACUGCCCAGUGCCUUAAGAGGGGACACAAUCUGGUGAAAGGACAGGCCUACCAAGAACUCUCUAGCAAACAGGGCUGUGUCCUCUGGAAAAAAGAGAGGGUUUUUGAAGAUCUCACUGUCAGUGUGAAAAGUCACAUGUGGCAUUUUGCUCUGCAUUUCUUACAUACAGGGUAGAGGGCAUUACGUUCGUGGUCCACAUCCAAUUUAUGAGAUGGUUUUAUUUCUUCAUUCACUGUGGAGGGUCUGGCAAGGGUCAGGGCUGCUCAUAGGAGGCGUAGCUGGACCCAGAAUGCCAGAGCUGGAAGGGACCAUAGCAGUCAGUGGGUCUGACCCUGAUUGUGCUUGCAGGUGGGGAAAUGAGAGGAGAGGUGACAUUGCCAAUGUCACAAAUCAAGUUAGAGUAAAAGCAGGGAUUGGAACUCAGGGCUCCUCCUGGGCCACUGAACCAAGAGCCUCUUCACCGAGAGAACGCAACUCCUUGUGUUGUCGUCCCAGGGCCUCCUGCUUUGCCUUGCCUCUUUGGGCCUGGAGCUGCUGUGGAACGUCUCCCCAGAGGAGGCAUGUCAUUCAUUCUCAGCACACCAGCGGGCUCCUUGCAUUGUCUCCAGAUACAGACAAGCACUCAUGGAAGGCUUGAAGCAGGGUAGAGGGCUUUGUAAAAGACAGUUACGGAGGAGUGCCCUGCAUGCACCUUUGGCUCAAAACUGCAGUCUGAAGAAACGGGGAGGACAGUUGCCCUUUUAUUUUCUUCUAAUCUCUUCUGUCUGAUGGGAGCCACGAUUGGGUUACACCCAAGGAUACUGAAAUCCAACUCCAUAAUUGCUUUUGCUCCCUAACCUGAGAGUCGAUAAAAAGGAAGGGGAUGUUCUCCUCUGUGACCAGAUUCUGUUCUUUGCCGUUAAAGCAAGCUUUAAAAAAUGCAAGAGACAGCUGGUCUGCAGGAUUUGGCUAGCAAAGGAACUACGUGAGAGAGAAUUAGAGGACACUUUGCAGAUCUUGCUGGAAUGAGAAAUGGCAGCUAGCAUUCCCUGGGGAGCAAGUUUCAUACACUGAGCCAGGUGCACUACAGGUUUCAUAGUAAACCUGUGGGCUCAUUAAGUUACUUCUCUUAUGAUGAAAUUGAGUUUGAAAGAUUCCCUUCCCAUGACACUGUGCAUCUGGACACAUGACAUCACUUUGUGAGGCUAGUCACAAAAUCAGGAAAGUCCUGCAUGCUUAAGACGAAGUGGCCAUGGCUUCUCAGGAAGGCUAAGUGUAAGAGGUGUUUUUCUAGGUUAAAAAAACAACAGAAUUAAUAGUUAAGUUCUUAAGUCAAGUAAGCUUUUAAAAACUCAGAGCACCGGGCAUGCAUAAUGUUGUGCUAUUUAACAGCCCAGCCUUGGAGCUCUUUCUCUCCAGAAGAAGUGCUUUGGGCUUGGCCAGACAGAAGGAGAAAGCCUCAACUCCCUUCUGAAGCAAGAGCCAAGCACAGGAAAAUAGUUUUCCCUGCGACUGUUCUGCAGCUGUGAACCUAGAUCUGGAGUUUAUUUGAUUUCAAGCAUGUCUACACCAUGCAGCUUGGUUCAGUAGGAGAGAGUCUUUUGCCACAAGCCAAUUGUUUUUGAUCAAUGUAAUUUCCUGGCAACGUGUACAUGUUGUCCAGUGACAGGCAAGGGAGCAAGUCAUUCUUUCCUUGAGAACCAAAUCUCAGGAAUGGCAUCUUGUGUCCCUUGAGCUCCAGCAUUUGUGACUCAGGCUUACAGAGGACUCCACUCUCUGCUUCUAAGAAGCCAUGGCCCACAUUAACUUUUCUUUAAAAACAAACAAACAAAACCUCAUAGUCUCUGAAAAUAUUUUAGUUAUGCCCCCACUCAUAAAUUUGAAGCACAUUUCCAUUUUUUAUUUUUUUUCAUAUAUUUUUUUCUUCAACCCCAAUUGACUGGGCGAGAGUUAGACUGGCUGGAACUGAGAAGGGUUGGGUCAGUGGAUAGAUAGAAGCUACGAUCUGAAGCCUCAGGUAUUAAGUCUUGAGUCUUUGACACUAUAGAGUAGCACCUGGCAGAUGCCAAAAAUGUAAAGUACCAUUUAAAACUCAAUGCCCCUGUCUAAUGUCAGGAAUGGGAGAGAUGACAUUACUACAUCUACCUUGAGACCAAUAGCAGAAUAUUAUGAGCUGCUUCAUGGUAAUAAAUUCACCAGCUUAAAUGAAAUGGACUGAUGGAUAACCUGGGAAGGUAUGAAGUAACUGAGCUUCCCUGAAGAAGAAAUGGACAAUCUGAAUAGCCCCCUUUCUACCAAAACCUGGGAGCUCUGAGAGACACGUGCAUCUCUUUGCUUUGUGGAGCAGGAAACUGAGGCUCUGGUAAUGCCUGUCCCUCAAGGUCAUGCCAGCAGAGUGUAACGGAGUCCAGUUCUUACUCUACUGUCCUUCCCAGUACACUGUGUGGCCUCCAAAGAUUGCAGCCCUUUGUUUUGGGGAAGUUGUUCCUGCCCAAUCCACACCCGUCACCCCUCUCACCCUUCUUCUUGAGCACUGUGUGUGUAAUUUUAUUAGGAUUACAUUCAUCAUCUUUGGAACCCACGUUCUUUGGGUUUGGGGGAAAGUCUCUUCCACCAGCCUGCACUCAGACCAACUUGGA